ACAGAGUCUGCGGCCUCUGCUGUAAAUAUUGGGGAACCUUUGGACCACUCCCUCUGUUCCCGAGGCUCUCUGCUGCCUACAGACCAGCCAUGGCCACGUCUCCGCUCAGAGACUUCCUCGUUACCUAUUUAAUGCCAGAAAAGUGCUACGACGAGAUUUUCGUCCGCUUAAAUUGGCACGUGCCCUGCCUGAAGUUUGUACUAAACAAAGCUGUCGGAAUUUGGAUCAUAUUGGACACAUUCCUGGCGCAGCUGCCUCAGCUGCUGAAGAUACUGUGGAGCAGAAGUGCAGAAGGUCUGAGUCUGAUCUCUGUCCUGCUGCAACUUUAUGCUUUCUCAUGUCCUGUCGUGUAUGCCAUCGCCAACAACUUCCCACUCUUUGCCUGGGCAGAGAGGCUCUUCACGUUGGCCCAGACAGCAGCGAUUAUCUUCCUCAUCCUGCAUUAUCGGGGUGACACUCUCACAGGAGUGCUGCUCCUCUCUGGUUUCAGUGGUCUUGUGUUCCUCCUGGGCUCAUGUGCAUCUGCAGCAGUCGUCUCAGUGAUUCAAUCCUCCAGUCUGGCAGCUUUAAUUGCAAGCAAGGUUUUCCAGACCAUAACCAACCACCAGAACGGCCACACAGGUCAGCUGUCCACCCUGUCAGUGCUGCUAUCAUGGGCCGGGUCUCUGGGUGUUGUCUUUACUUCUCUACAGGAAACUGGGGGCUUUCUUGCUACUCUGUCACGCAUACUGUCGGCCGGUCUCAGCUGUGUCCUGCUGGUCCAGGUCUUCUGCUACAGCAGCAGCACCGCCGCCAAGGCAAAGAAGACGGAGUAGAGAUGGACGGUGGUGACAAAGAAACACAUCACAUCCACAUCCUUUCUGGCAUGAGACUGUUUUGUGAUUCUGUGCAGGAUGCUGGGGUUUUCCAGUGUAACGGUAAAGUGGCUGUAAAUGUUUACAGGGUGUUUUUAUACCAGUAAGCCUGAUCGGUACUUUGAGCUCUAAGUUAAAACGACUCAUGUGCUGUGCGUCUGUGAAAAUAAGAGCUGUUUUUUGUCAUGCUUUUAUGCUAACUUUACAUUUUAUUGGUGCAAUUACUUCCCAAUUGUUGCGAAGGUAAUGGAAUGAGAAGUCUUUUGGUGCCCUCUAGUGAUGUAAAUGGGAAUUACUUUACUGUCAGGGGAAACAGGCUUUCUUGGGAAUACUUGGGAAUUCUGAUAUCAGUAUAGUGGCAUAUAUUGUUUGUAUGCAUGUUGGAGUUAUUUUGAAAAGGGAAAUAUUGUGAGGGUCAUUGUUCAUAAAUUUUACAGCCGUUUACUUUGCAAAGUAGUUAGCAACUAGCCAUGAAGACCAAGUUUGGCUCUGCACCUCUGUCUGCUCAGCUGUGAUGCAUUCUCUGCUACAUGUGCUGCAGAGUGUCAGAUAUUCCAAUUUACCCCCCAUUCCUCUGUCUUGGUGGCCUCCCUCACUCAUCUCCUUCUUGUACAGUCACUUAGGGCGGCCUGCUCUCGGCAUGGACUAUAUCCCUUCCAUUUCUUAAUGAUGAAUUUAACUGUACUCCAAGAGAUAUUCAGUGACUUCCAUCAGCUGACUGAUGCUUUUCACUAACAUUUUCAUGGAGUUGCUUAGAGUAUUCCUUUGUACUCACAAUGUAGUUACCAGCAGGAGUACUAACUUAUAAGUAACUGGAACUUCCAGACACUGGUGUCUUUAUGCAACAGUCACUUGAGACACUUUCACUGCACUCAGAUUAUCUCUGUUUCUCUAAUUAUGUGACUUCUAGCACCAAUAGCUGCACUUGUGUUGAAUGUAGGUGAGUCACUUUAAAAGGCUGGAUGCUUUUCACUUAUUUUACAUUUUAGAAAUUGAAUUAUUACUCUGGCGAAAUAUGUUUUUACUUUGCAUUUUAAAAAAUCACCGUGAUUGACUAUUGAAAAGCUAUGAAAACGUAAAAAUUUCCAAAGGGGUGAGUAUUGUUCACAAGCACUGAAAGACAGACAUGUCUCCAAACAUCUUCACAGGAAUUUCAACGGUCUUUAAAGGCUUUGAACAGACUCUAAAAGACUUCACGAAUUAUUGCAGCAGGCACAAUCAAACAUAUAACCUUUCAACGGAUCUGGUGAUAUCAGUUAGCUUCUCCUCUAUAGCUCAUAAGGACUGCACUGCUUUGCUGGAUUUACUGUUCACACUGCAGACUGGAAAAACGAUCAAAUCUGUUAGGUAUUUUCAAAACUUUUUUGGGGGGAACUUUUGUGUAGACCUUCCUUUUUAUUACGACACACUAUCAUUCAUCAUUUUGAAUAUUUUUAACAUUAAGGCCUAUGUACACAGCAGCAUCUCAUGUGUCCUUACUUUCAUUUUCUGCUCAGUCACUUAGAUUUGCUUUCGAAAAAAAAAUCUUAAUUGUUUUCAUUGUGCAUGCUUGCACCUUUUAUGCUGCGCCUUGGUUCACAUACAGACAUACUGACAUCAGAUUUAUAGAAUCAGCCGUGCAGCAGCUUACUGGAGGAAAAGUGCUUUCGGUCAUUCAUUUUUCCUCACAGUCUGGAAGCCACAGUUGGCUGUAAGAACCUCUUCAUGAAAACUCCCAGCUUCACUGCUGAGCUUCAACUAUUUUAAGCCAACAUGAACAACGUGUCCAGUGUCGCUCCGAAUCCCUCCACGUAUUUGUAGGAGCUCUGCUAAAUACACAUACUGCAACAAGGUUACUCGUUUGUCUGCAACAGAACACUGAUUGUUGUCCCAUAUGAACAGUUGCCCUCUAUAAUGUAUAUUUUGCAUUGACAUUUUACGAAUUUUGCUACAUUAAAACAUGUUAUUUGAAUUUAUUAAUACUGUGAAUUACUGCAACUUCACUCGAAGCAAUAGAUGGAACUGUACGCGACAGAAAGCACACAGGAUUAAAAAAAGUGUCACCUUCAGUCACCAUUUACGUCAGGACUGUAGAAUCUGUUUAUCUGUGUGCAAAUAACAUCAUCUACCUCCUACACUUUCCUCUGGGAGUCAUGUUACACCUCAGUUUCACUCAGAUGACUUUGUGAACGAUAAUAUCAGAUUUUCCUCGAGCAGCAGAGUGUCAUAACGGCCGUUUCAGCACUGUGACAUUCCUGAGUUUGGGUCAAGAUGACCCGGCUGACAUUAGUAAAGUUGUAAACAAAGUAAAUCUUAAAGUGAAACGUCUCAGAGAAGCAAACUGAGCUCAGCAAAAUGUUUCUUCAGCUUAGAGAAAACAUGUUUUUGGACUGAUUUCAAAAAGUUGGUAUUUAUUGCGCAAUAAUAUGGGUUGAAACUCUCAUCAGGCUCAAUCCCACUUUGUGUUUGCAUGCCAGACUAAGAAGUUGAUAAGUUAUCCUGACUGCCUAUCAGCCUUAUCAUUCUUGUUUACACGUGUAAUUACCAUUCAUACAUGUGAACAGUCUUUAGCCUUUCAGUUCUGAUGCAUUCCUGUUCUGCCACCCAAUAAAUCCAAGUUGAAAUGUGAAA